GACUGAGAAAUGCAAAACCUGUGAUAUCUAAAAUACGGGAAUUCGUACUCGAGUUGAACAUGUCUCCAGCAAUAUCAUCUGAUUUCAAGCAAACAGCAUCAGCAUAUCAAGAAGGUUCAUGGGAAUUCCCUAUUGAUAUUUCUACUCGAUGGAGUGGCAGUUAUGCAAUGCUAGAUAUUGCGUGCAAGGCCUCUAAAUCCUUGGAUGUUGUUAUAAGAAAGCAUGCAGAUACUCUGGAUGGUAGUUACAUGCUCCUGAACCCUGGAGAGAAAGUUUCUGUCAGUAUCAUGCACCUAUUCCUUGAGCCGUUCCAGAAGACCGCAAACAACAUAUGCACAAGCAAAUUCCCAACUGUUGGACUGGUACUAGUCUUUAUGGAUCAUGUCUUCGAGAUGAUUGCUGCUUGCAGGGGUUCCCGUAACACCCCAGACUGGCUAAAGAAUUGUGCUGAAGAUAUGGCGAUAAACGGUAAGAUCUACAACGACCAAGUACAUAACUUAUACACUUACAUGGCCAUAAUCCUUGAUCCGAGGUUCAAAGUUGGUCUUAUCCCUGAAAGAUUCAAACUGGAAAGCAAUCUGAAAGAGGCAAGGGACCAUUUCAUGAGACAUUAUUCGACUACCCAUUUUCCAACACCGGCUAAUGGGUACAGCACUCAGGAAAAGGAAGACGGAGGCAAUUGGAAAAGACGUAGAGUUGACAUGCCAACAUCUACAGAUGAGCUCAGUCAGUAUUUGUCCGAGGCUCCAUCUCCCAUCACCACUGAUAUCUUGGACUGGUGGAAACGAAACAGUUCCAAGUACCCACGCUUAUCUGUAAUGGCUCGAGAUUUUCUGGCUGUCCAGUCCACUUCAGUUUCGCCUGAUGAAGCUUUCAGUGAAAAAGGUGACGAGGUUGAUAACCAAAGGUUCUGUCUUCCCCAUGGAAGCACACAGCCAGUUUUGUGCAUGAAGGCAUGGAUUGAGAGUGGUUUCAAGUUGAAGUACCGGUCAGCGGAAGUCAACUUUGAAAAGCUUAUGGAACCUGUCAUGAGGUCCUAGUACUGACACCUCCACAAACCCAGGUAUUCCUCUGUUUAUAUGUAAGUUAUGCAGUCGAGAAGUUCUCAAGGAAGUUGGCGUUUCCAUUGAUGUUUGUACAUAAACCUUGUCUGGAUUUGCUAUGCAUUGGUUCAAAUCAGACUUUGGGUAAUGCGGCAAUUUGCUUUCAGUUAGUAUCUACAAUGCAUGUUUGAUCAA